AGAAAAAAGAAAAAAAGAAAAAAAAGUCUAUUGACUCAUGUUUAGACAAAAGCCAUUUCAUUUUCUGUACCAGCUAACAAAACAAUAUUAUGGAAUAACUAAGCAAGAAAAGCACCUUCAAGCUUACAACAUUUUUUUCUAACAUCAAAUUUUCUUGAAACUUGUCCAGAAGAUGCAUGGUUUUCCACAAACACUUUCCAUCAUCCAAACAAUCUGAUAUUCUUCUUGAUAACCACAAAGACUUUUUAAACUUUGCUCUGCAUAUUUCUACUAUAUAUACACACACACACACACACACACACAUAACAUAGUCCAUAAGUAUACAAACACAACCAAGCAUAUAGUUCUUGAACUGAGAAAAGUUUACUAUCUAAAUAAGCAAGAUUCAAUGGCGGAAAGUGCAGUGAAAUUUUUACUUGACAAGCUCGCACCACUCUUCGAAAAUGAUCUCCAACUCUUAACAGGGAUCAAAGAAGAAGUUGUGUUCCUCAGAGGAGAGUUGGAGCGUAUCAGAGCAUUCCUGAAAGUCGCAGAUUCACUGCAAGACACAGACGCAGAGCUCAAAACAUGGGUUCAGCAAGUCAGAGACAUUGCUCACGAUACGGAGGACACUCUCGACGAAUACGCAAUUCUUCAAUCUCAUCAUGAUGAUGACCAUCAUGGCCGUGGAUGGUACGGCUCUAUACACCGUCUAUCUUGCUGUAUCAAAAACACUAAAUCCCGUUACCGAAUCGCUUGCGAUUUACAAACUAUAAACACGAGAAUCAGAGUAAUCAGCGAGACCAAUAAGAGGAUUCGUCAGAAAAUCUAUGAUGCAAAACGAGAUCUGGGUUCGAGCAGCUCGGGGAUGAAGAAUUGGGAAGAAGAUUCUCGAGGGGAAGCUUUGCUUCUUGAGAAAAGUGAUUUGAUGGGUAUUGAGAAACCCAAAGGGAAGCUCGUUGAGUGGCUUGUCAAUGGUGGGUCUGGGAGAGAAGUUGUUUCAGUGAGUGGAAUGGGUGGUUUGGGGAAGACCACCUUGGCAAAACAGGUCUAUGAUGCUGCAGAGGUGAAGAAACGUUUCAAAGUCUGUGCUUGGAUUACUGUAUCUCAGUCUUUCAAAAUGGAUGAGCUUCUUAAAGACUUAGCUGGGCAACUUUUCAGAGUUGUUAGACGACCAUUGCCUGAAGGACUAAGCAGCAUGAGCAACUACCAGCUGAAGAAAUUGAUUAAAGACUUGCUGCAGAAGAGAAGGUACCUAAUUGUUUUAGAUGAUGUUUGGCAUUUGUAUGAAUGGGAUUCUGUGAAAUAUGCAUUGCCUAAUAACAAUUACGGAAGCCGGAUAAUUCUUACAACCCGGAAUGCAGAUUUAGCUUCUCUUACCAGUUUGCAAUCUGAUGGGAAAAUCUAUAAUAUGGAGCCCUUGCCUUCAUUGGAAUCCUGGGACCUUCUUUGCAGGAAGGCCUUUCAUGGGGACUCUUGCCCUCCACAUUUGGAGGAAAUCUGUGGACAUAUUUUGAGGAAAUGUGAGGGAUUGCCUCUUGCAAUAGUGGCAAUUGGUGGUGUUUUGGCUAUGAAAGACAGACGCAGGAUUGAUGAGUGGGAAAUGGUUGGAUAUAGUCUUGGGAGUGAAAUGGAAGGAAAUGACAAACUCAAAGGGUUGAAGAAAGUACUUUCUCUUAGUUUCAAUGAGUUGCCGUAUUAUCUUAAGUCUUGCUUCUUGUACCUCAGCAUCUUUCCUGAGGAUCAUCUUAUUGAGCAUAUGAGAAUUAUUCGACUAUGGAUCGCAGAGGGAUUCAUCGAACCAAAAGAAGGCAAAACACUAGAAGAUGUUGCAGAGGAGUACUUCAAUGAACUUCUAAAUAGAAGUAUGCUGCAAAUGGCUUUAACAAGAAGGGAUGGAAGGAUAAAGAAAUUCCGUAUCCAUGACCUUUUUCGGGAGAUUCUCAUUUCCAAGUCAAGGGACCAGAACUUCGCCACAAUAGUGAAGGAGAAGAAUUUAUCAUGGCCGGAUAAAGUUCGGCGGCUAUCCAUACAUAACACACUGGAAAAUAUGCAGCAGGGCAGGUCUGUUUCUCAACUCCGUUCUCUGUUUAUGUUUGGGGUGAUUGAAAUGCCAUCAAUACAUACAUUGUUUCCCAGAGGGUUUAGGCUGCUUAGUGUGUUAGAUUUGCGAAAUUCAACUCUUAAUAGGUUUCCAGUUGAAGUUGCUAACCUCUUCUUUUUGAAGUAUCUGAGCUUGAGGAAGACCAAAGUGAAAAUAGUUCCAACAUAUAUAGGGAAGCUUCUGAACCUGGAGACUUUAGAUCUUAAGCAUUCUCAUGUCAGCGAACUCCCAGUUGAGAUCCUGAACCUCCAAAGGCUUCGCCAUCUCCUCGUAUAUCGUUAUGAGUUUCUGUUUUAUGGAAACUUUCAGUCAAAUUAUGGUUUUAAGUUCCAGGGAAAAAUAGGCUGUUUGAGAUCCCUACAAAAGCUGUGUUUCAUUGAGGUAGACCAAGAUAAUAUAAUAGAGCUGGGGAAACUGAAUCAAUUGAGAAGGUUGGGAAUCAUAAAGCUGAAAAAACAAGAUGGGAAAGCUCUAUGCUCUUCCAUUGAAAAUCUUACCAAACUUUGUGCACUGUCUGUAACUUCAAUUGAAGAGGAUGAGAUCCUUGAUCUGCAGCACCUUUCCUCUCCUCCUCUACUGCUUCAAAGGCUGUAUUUAAGAGGAAAAUUGGAGACACUACCCCAUUGGAUACCAUCCCUCCAUAGCCUAGUAAUACUGUAUUUGAAAUGGAGUAGGUUAAAGGAUGAUCCAAUUGUAUUCCUUCAGAAUUUGCCCAAUCUAGUUUUUCUUAAAUUAUGUAAGGCGUACGAAGGAGACAGAUUAUGUUUUGCAACUGGAGGGUUUAAGAAGCUUAAGCAUUUACGCUUUGAUGAAUUUAAUGAACUUCGAAGUGUAGAUAUUGAGCUUGGAGCAAUGCCUUGUGUGGAAACGCUAAGCAUCCAGCGUUGCAAACUGUUGGAGAAAGUUCCCUCUGGCAUUGAACACCUUCCAAAGCUAAGGGUGCUUGAAUUUUUCAAUAUGCCAGAAAAGUUGAUGAAAACACUGUGUCCAUAUGCACAAGGAACAGACUAUUGGAAAAUUUCACAUAUCCCAGAAGUUUAUUCUACCUACUGGAGAGAGGGAGGUUGGGAGGUCUACUCUUUGGAGAGUUUUUGUGAAGGACGAAGCAACCCUUGGAUAAGUUCUGUCACUCAGAACCAUGAACUUGAAACUCGCUGGAAGGGAUAUUCUGAUCUGCAUAUUUCUUGAUGUUCACUUGUUUUAUUAUGUAUGUAGUUUUAAAUGCUCGUUUCAGUUACAAAUCAUUUUUAAUACUCGCUCUAAGCAACCUUGUAAAUAGGUAUUUUGUAUAUUUGGCAAAAUUUACACUUUGAUGUGCAUGCUUUGGUCUGUCAUGUACAAUGCUAGUUGCUUCUAAUUUGGAUGUAACCUUUGAUUUUCUGAAUAUACAGUAUUGUUUGGUUUCAA